CCCCUCCUUCCAAUUGUCCCCUCCUCCUCCUGCUUAACUUUUUCCUCUUCAAGACCCAUUACAACCAAUACUUUUGGGGCCGGUUUGAAAAGAGUCAUCUCGGCUUGAUCAUAGACAAGUAAAUCAUGGGCGAUAAUACGAUAUACCGUGCAAGCACGACUGCACCCGUCAAUAUCGCGGUGAUAAAGUACUGGGGCAAGCGCGAUGCGAAGCUGAACCUUCCCACCAACUCCUCUCUCAGCGUGACUCUUUCGCAAGACGACCUACGGACGCACACCACCGCUUCAUGCUCGUCUACUUUCUCCGGCCCAGACACGCUCCUCCUCAACGGCAGCCCGCAAGACGUCUCCGGCGCUCGCACCCAAGCAUGCUUCAAAGCUCUGCGCGGCCUUCGCGCCGAGCUUGAGACCGCGAACCCUUCUCUUCCCAAACUCUCCACCUAUCCCCUGCGGAUAGUCAGCUCGAACAACUUCCCUACCGCCGCAGGGCUUGCUUCUUCAGCCUCUGGCUUUGCCGCACUAGUCCGCGCCAUUGCGAAUCUCUACGAGCUGCACUCAUCCCCUACCGCACUCAGCCAGAUUGCACGCCAGGGCUCGGGAUCCGCGUGCCGCAGUCUUUUCGGAGGAUACGUCGCAUGGGACCAAGGCAGCGCGGCCGACGGCAGCGACAGUCUCGCGCGCGAAGUUGCUCCGGCGUCGCACUGGCCGGAGAUGCGUGCGCUAGUCCUGGUCGUCAGCGCGGCCAAAAAGGGCGUCAGCUCCACGACGGGCAUGCAGACGACUGUUGCGACGAGCGCUCUGUUCCGCGCUCGCGCCGAGGAUGUCGUGCCCAAGCGAAUGGCCGAGAUGGAGCGCGCCAUCGCCGAGCGUGACUUUGACGCCUUUGCCCGCCUGACCAUGCGCGAUAGCAACAAUUUCCAUGCCGUCUGUCUCGACACGGAGCCGCCGAUUUUCUACCUGAACGACGUCAGCCGCGCCGCCAUCCGGCUGGUCGAGUGCAUCAAUGCCGCUGCCGGAAAGGCCGUGGCGGCAUAUACCUUUGACGCGGGCCCAAAUGCCGUCAUCUACUUCCUCGAGCAGAACGCGGGCCUUGUCGCUGGCACUUUCAAGACCUUCCUGGGCCAUCUCGACGGCUGGCAGACCGAGCUCGGCAACAAACUUGCCGGCCAAGCCGGCGUUGCCGCCGACGCACUUGAGCAGAAGAGCGUGGAUGUCGUCAAGGACGGCGUGAGCAGAGUCAUCCUGACCAGCGUCGGCCAAGGCCCUGUCAAGACAGACGAGAGUCUGAUUGAUGAAAAGGGUGAGCCGGUGGUUUAAGUGGAAUGAGCCUCUUAAGCAGUCGUUUUAUCUUUCACAUUUCACUUUUCAUUUUUCACUUUUCUAUUAUUCUUAUUUUGUUUCUCCUCCUCUUGCACUACCCACGGCUUAGCUUUUAUUUUGGAGUGUACUCUCGAAAAAGUCAGGAGCAGCAUCUCAGAAAGAUUUUUCACAUACCCCCCUAAUAUAUAUACAACAUGUAGAUAAUUCCUAGAUUAGACAAGUACCUUAGGCCUAUAGCGGAUGACAU